AAGCGUAUGAGUAGCGGUAGUAGCCUGCAAGCCUUGAUUCAGGGUCGUAUUCUUGCGUACAAGAAGACCGAGGUCCGGGAAGCUGUUUAAAGUCCACUUCGCCGCUUAACAGGAUUCAUUACAACCAGAAAAUGUCAUCAGGAGCCAAGCGACCCAAGGUUUGCUUUCGUUCGCUGAAGAAAAUGCAAUGUGGCGGUGCGACGAAUGAAUGUAGACGACGACGCUCCCCUGCAGAACUUCCUCCGGUGGUGCAACAGUGUUGGUCUAGUGCUCAGCACAAAGGUACGUUUAAGCAAAGAAGGCACGGUGGCCGACUAUGGGAUGUUAGCUCAGGACGACAUCGAGGAAGGCACAGUGUUGUUCACCAUCCCAAGAUCAGCUCUUCUUCACCAGGGGACGACACACGUCUCAGCACUGCUGGAAGGAGAGAAAGUCUCCUUGGAGAGCUCAUCAGGCUGGGUGCCCCUCCUGCUGGCUCUGCUGUACGAAUACACUACAGCGCACUCACAAUGGAAACCAUACCUGUCAUUAUGGACCGACUUCAAGAUGUUAGACCAUCCCAUGUUCUGGUCCAAAGAGGAGCGACACAAACUGCUGAGGGGAACCGGUAUCCCGGAGGCGGUGGACAAAGACCUGGCUAACAUCCAGAGGGAAUACAGAGACGUGGUCCUUCCCUUUGUUGCCAAGCAUCCUGACAUCUGGAACUCCCAGACGCACACGCUGGAGCUGUACACGGAGAUGGUGGCUUUUGUCAUGGCCUACAGUUUCCAAGAGCCACAAGAAGAAGGGGAUGAUGAUGAUGAUGAAGAUGACGAGACAGAGGAGAAGGCCCCCAAUCCACCUAUGAUGGUUCCCAUGGCUGACAUGCUCAACCACGUGUCCAAGCACAAUGCCAAUCUGGAGUUCACAGCAGACACUUUGAAGAUGGUAUGCGUGCGCCCCAUCAGAAAAGGUGAGGAAGUGUUCAACACCUACGGGCAAAUGGCCAACUGGCAGCUGCUGCACAUGUACGGCUUCACCCAGCUGCAUACCGACAACGCCGACGACACUGCUGACAUCCCCGUUGCCAACCUGCACAAAGCGGCCACAAGAGAGCCGGAUGGGGAUCAGCAGCUGUUGGAGGAGAUGUGGGAGAUGAUACGGGAGAAAAGUGCAUUUGUCUUUGGCAAAAACCGCUGCCUCACCGAAACGGAGCUACACUCAGUGCUCAAGGUGCUGUGCAUGUCCAGGGAGGAAUUCUUGGAGUUCAAAGACGACGACGACGGAUGGGAGGACGACGACGACGACGACGAGGAGGAGAUUUCUCGGGCGUUCUCCAACGACGGGCUCACAGGAUUAAGCAGCAAGUGGAAGCGGCUCCUGCAGGAAGCGGCACGUCUGACCGUGAGCGGCUACCCCGACGUGGACCGAGACCGGGCUGUGAUGGAGGACCAGGCCUCGCUAAAGGCACUGAGCAGCAGGCAAAGGAACGCGUUGCAGGUCCGAUGUGGACAGAAGAGCAUCCUGGACAAAAUCAUGGAGCUCACAAAGACAUGAACUUUUUCUACAUAUCCAUUAAUAAAGGUUUCAUUGCAAGGUACAUGGAGAUUUCUUGUUUUUCAAUUAGUCUGUGUUAAGGAGCCAGUCCUGUCACAUGUAAGUAAGUGACAGGACACCGCUUCAUAUACUGCUUUGGCCAAUGGUGAGUUUGGAUUUCGUUACCAUCACGACAAAGAGUGGAACCCUGGUGUUUUGAUGAAAAAAUUGAGCGACACAAUAAGAGCAUUUUCACUUACGGCGACAGCACUUCAUACAGUACACCAGUUCUUCUCAAACGUUUUACACCAAGUACCACAUCAAAACAUACUUGGCUCUCCAUGUACUACCACAAUGGUUACCAUUAAAAUACAGUAGUAUAGCAGGCCAGAGUGUUCAUCAAAACUAAGCAAAGGUUUUCUUCCUGAAAUGUGUAUUUAAUAUUAAUGUAAGUCACUGUAACAUUAUGCAAUGUUUUAACAUUAACACUGCUUUUGAAUAUAGGAAAAUAGCCCGUGACGACAAUAAAAACAUUUUCACUCUUGGAGGCAGCACUUCAAGUGUAAUUGGUGCAUGAACACAUUACCAAACACAA